CCCGACGCUCAGAGUCGGGUGAUGGAACCCCAAACCCUGCUUCUGCUGCUCUCGGGGGCCCUGGCCCUGACCGAGACCUGGGCUGGACCCCACAGCUUCAGAUAUUUCCACACCUUCGUGACUGGACCGGGCCACGGGAAGAACCAGUACAUCGCCCUGGGCUACGUGGACGACACGGAGAUCUUGCGGUUCGACAGCGACACCGCGUGUCCGAGGCUGGAGCCGCGGGUGCCAUGGCUGGAGCCGCUACUGGUGGAGCAGGAGGAUCCAGAUUGGUGGGACGAGCAGACGACGCAGGUCCUGGAGGACAUCGAAGAGAGCUUCCGAGAGGACCUGAACUACCUGAGCAGCUGCUACAACGACAGCGAGGACGGGUCCCACACCCAGCAGGAAAUGACCGGCUGCGUCGUGGGGUCGGACCGGCGCUUCCUCCACGGAUACACUCAGUCGGCCUACGACCGCACCGAAACCUUCGACCUGGUUGUGGAGCGAGGCUGUUCCACCGAGGCUGACUCGGAGGUCCGGAUCACUGUCGCUGUCGGGCGCGACACGGUGGAGGAACACGACGUGGAUGGCUGGAGGGAUUACCUGGAGGUCACCUGCGUGCGCUGGCUCCGCCUGUUCCUGAAGAAGGGGAGGGAGACCCUGCUCCGAGCAGACCCUCCAAAAACACACAUGACCCGCCACCCCAUCUCUGACCAUGAGGUCACCCUGAGGUGCUGGGCCCUGGGCUUCUACCCUUCGAACAUCACCCUGACCUGGCAACGUGAUGGGGAGAACCUGACCCAGGACAUGGAGCUGGUGGACACCAGGCCUGCAGGGGACGGGACCUUCCAGAAGUGGGCAGCUGUGGCCGUGCCCCCUGGAGAGGAGCAGAGAUACACAUGCCAUGUGCAGCACCAGGGGCUGCCUGAGCCCCUGACCCUGAGAUGGGACCCCCCUCCUCAGACCGCCAUCACCAUCGUGGGCAUCAUUGCUGCCCUGGGUCUCCUUGGAGCUGUGGUCACUGCAGCUGUGCUGUGGAGGAGGAAGAGCUCAGGCAGAGGCAGGGAGAACAACACUCAGGCUGCCUGUAGCAGCAGUGCCCAGGACUCUGAGGUGUCUCUCACAGCUAAUAAUGCUGACCCUGAGGGUAGGAAGUAGGGGGCAUUGGGUCCUAGGGGCACAGCUGUGUUUGGGGAUUCUCAGAGUGGGACAUUCUGAGCAUGUUGUG